CCGAUUGCUAUGUUGUGUGGUCAUGCUGCACCAAUAGCUGAUCUCGCCAUUUGCUGUCCCAUUGUAGUAUCUGGAGAAAAAAAUACAGUAAAUUCAAAAGUAGUGGCCUCUGCAGGCGUAGAUGAAAACUGCCACCUUGGGUUGGCAGCCCAUCGAUUAUUUGUACAUUGCCUUGGAAUCCAAGAUAUGCUUGUGUAGGCUGUUGCUUUAUUGAGGCUGCCCGCUUAUCUGACCAUCAUUUGAUGGAGUGUGCUGAAGGGGGUGAGAUUUCAAUGGAUAAAGAAUCUCAGAGCAGGAAGCCUCCUAAGUGUACUGUUGCUAUUUUUGAUACGUAUACUCAUACCAUUGUACAAACUGUUUUUCAUGGGAAUUUGUCAAAUGGGCCUUUGAAGUUUAUGGACAAUGUUUCUUCAGUUGAUGAUGGAGAAAAUCAUUUUUCACUCAUGGCUGACUCCUUUGGUAAGCUACAAUUGGUUCCCUUGCCAAAGGACUUUCAUCAAGAUAGUGGUGAGGGUGAGAUUAGGUUGCAGAGAUCUUCUAAGCAGGAAAUAAUGACAUUGGAAGAUGGCUUUGUUGAGGCUGGACAAGUUGUGUCAAUUGCAACCUGUAGGACCAUUGUUGCUACUGUGAUCAAAGAUCGAUCUAUAUUGAGGCUGUUGGGAAGUGGCAUUAUAAUAGGAUUGAUUCUUUUUAUGAACAAUGUCCUUUGUAUUGAAGACAAGCAUGGUCAGGCACAUGUUAUAGGGGCUAUGUUUCUCAAAAGUAAAAAUUAUGGGCAGGCACAAACUGCAAGGUUGUCAUUUUCUUUUGUCCAGCUGAGCCAAAUACUUCUUCGCAUUGAAUCAGUUUGCUUCACUGUUGAAGACCAAUUUCAGUGGAAACUGCGUGUUACGAUCUGGUCACUUAAAUGGAAACAUGAUCAUGCAAAACUCUUUCAUGAAUGGAAAAUGCUUGGAGAAGGCAUUUCUUUCCUUGGCUUGACUUCGGCUGCUAGUUUGGAUCAUAAAAAUGAGUCUUUGGGUGGAUGCAAUACCAGAUGA